UGCGACAACAAAAGACAGAAGAGGCGGAAGUGGGUUCAGUUCUGCUCUGACCGCCUGUCGGACACUCUUCAGCUUCAGUUCAACCGUUCUUCUGCUUCAUAUGGUUCAACAUGGGCGCCCGGACCCUCCUGCUGACCCUCUGUGUGCUGGUCUGGCCCGGUCCGGUCCGGCUCUGCGACUGGAACCAGACCGUGGCCCCGGACCAGGGCCUGGACCCGGUGUCCCUGCAGUCCGGAGCCUUCUACCUGAACACUGAACAGCCCGUGUCGGGUCCGGAUCAGUGCCGGGAGGCCUGCUGCUCCCGGUCCGACUGCGACCUGGCCCUGGUCGGGUACCCGCAGGACGGGGACGCGCACUGCUUCCUGGUCCACUGCUUCAACGGGGGCCGCGACGUGUGCGCGCUCCAGUCCAGUUCCCAGUUCAAGGUGUUCAAGAAAGUGAAUCCAGAAGACCGGAACCAGGUUCCAGAUGGACCCGACGGAGAGGCGGAGCAACGAGUCCAACCACGGUUGGUGCAGUGGGCCGAGGACACAACCUUGAGGGACCCCAGGGCUCAGCCUGACGGUCCCAGAGUUCUCUGUCGUCUUCCCAUGAAGGUGGGUUCCUGUCGGGCGGCGUUCCCCAGGUUCUUCUACAACGUGACGGAUCAGACCUGCCGCCGCUUCACCUACGGCGGCUGCGACGCCAACAGCAACAACUUUGAGACCAAAGAGGAGUGCGAGUCCACCUGCAGCGGCGUGACGGGUGUGGUUCUGCCUGAAGACUCCACUCCGGCUCCUGAAUCUGGUAAAGCUCCUCGUAUGGCCCCGCCCUUUCGCUCAGAGGAUAAGGCGGAGUCCAGUCCAGAUGAGCCCAAAGCUGCUGUUAUAGAACCAGAACCAGCUCCGACCAAAGAAGUCUCAGCCGACGACUACGCCGAGCGCUGCAAGGCGGAGCUACAGGUGGGUCCGUGCCGGGCGGCGUUUCAGCGCUGGUACUUCAACAGUUUGACCGGCCGCUGCCAGAGGUUCAUCUACGGAGGCUGCAAAGGAAACAAGAACAACUACGAGAAUGAGGAGAGCUGCAGGAGCAUGUGUACAGGCGUCACCGUGCUUCCAUCGUCCAAGAAAAUUCCACAACAAAAAGACGAUGAGGCUUCAGACUAUGAAGAAAACUGCAUGGUGACCUCUGACCCCGGCCCCUGCCGUGCCGCCUUCCCAGCGUUCUACUACGACCACAAAACCUCCACCUGCAGGUCCUUCACCUACGGCGGUUGUCGUGGCAACAAAAACCGCUACAACACCAUGGAGGAGUGUACGAACCGCUGCAGCCAAGGUGCCGGCGAUACUCACGCUCUGACUCGUAACCGUUGGACAGCAGCCUUCUUCCUCUUCUUCACGAUGGCCGCCAUCUCCGUCCUCCUGCUGGCGACGCUCAUCAUCAUCACCCUGAAACGCCGCCGGCUGACCCGCCGCUCGUCCUCCGUCAACGAUAAGGAGGAGCUGCUUCCAGAUCCAGACGGGUCGUCCCUGGAGUCACUGUCCCUCCCAGAGACCCCCACCGUGGACAGAGCCUAAGUCCCACAGGGGAAUCCACCUUAGACCUGAUCCCAGAACAGUCCAGUACCCGUGUCAUCAGUAAACCCUCUGCACAGACAGUAUCUGGGACCUGGUUAGUCCACAUCAGUGUCAAACCGGGUCACAUGGUCCUGAUGUAGGACACAUAAAGGCAUCAGAGUUCAUUCAGUCUCAUAAGGACGUCAUUUUUUACAGCAGACGAGUUCCACGCUGUAAAAGUGACGUCAGAGAGCAGAACUGCAGCAGUUCUGGUCGUAGUGUGUGUUAUUCUGCUCAGAUUAUCAGUGAUUAUCAGUGGAUUAUCAGCACAUCCACAUGGUUUAAAGAUGAUUAUUGGAUGUUUGUCGAGAUGGGGUCGAUUAAACACUUUAAAGUCUGGGCUGGUUACAGAAUUUUACAGUUAAAUACGUCUUUAUGUCCCAUCAUCUGACCACAUAACA